CACGUACUAGGUCGUCGUGAAGUUCUUCGUCCGAUGUUCCUUGUAAAUACGCUCGAGAAAGCGUGUCGGCAAGGUACAAAUACUUUCCAGAGACAUAACGUACUUUUAAUGUAUCGGGCAAAAGCUUACUUGACGGCUGGGGGCAAAGGCUCGUAAGAGCCCGCCAUGAACCUAGACUGACCUCGAGGUCUCAGUGCCGAUAGUGGUUUCUCGUUAUUAGUUAUUGUGUUAGGGAAAAGGCGAAUUAUAUAGCGGACAGAAUCACGUGACAGCAGUGUGACGCCAUGCGAUAAAAGGGAAUCGAUUUGGGCCUGUCAUCGGCUGAACGGGAUAUCAUUAACCUCGUUCAACGGGGGGUUUGUUUUCAUGGGAAAGUCUCUCAUGAGAUAAGUCGUAUCCGCACUGUUGGCAUUGAUUAAUUAAGUAUUGGGAUUGGGUUAUGUGACGUCACUUUAGGCGUCGAGUUGCAACAAAUGAAAGCUGUUGUCGACAUACAGACCAUCCAGCUUUUGUGUCAAAAGAGUAAUGAAGUGGGGGGUAGCUACCACAUGGAGCAAGACGGAUUGGCGAGGUCUCUGCAGCGGAUCCAGAACUUUGUACCUGUUGAUACUAUCAUGGAUAGACACGUUUCCAUAAAGAAAUAUCUGCGAGAUCAACAUCCUCAUAUCAAGCAUUUGUUUGACAUAUGGCAUGUUGCUAAAGGAUUGAAGAAAAAGUUGAAAUCAACUGCCAGGUCAAAAGGCUGUGAGGGAGGAUUAAAUGGUUGGGUGGCCAGUAUUAUAAAUCAUCUUUACUGGUCUGUCGUCUCCACCCCUCCAGAUGAUAGUCAGUUAGUGGUUGAUAAGUUUACCUCAAUCAUAUACCAUGUACAAAAUCGACAUCACGACUUCUCGGGACGUUUCUCAAGAUGCCUCCAUGGUGAUCUUCAGGGCCAGGAACGACAGAAAGCUUGGCUUCAACCAUGUACAAAAGCUGCUGUACAAAUGGAGAAGAUUGUGUGCAACUCCAGGCUUCUUAAAGAUAUUGCUCAGGUUUCUUCCACUUACCAAACAUCGACUGUUGAGGCUUUUCAUAGUCUAUUAAAUAAUUUUGUUCCUAAGAUGAUUUGUUUUUCCUUUCUUGGCAUGGAGUGCAGGACAGCUUUAGCAGCUCUUCACUUUAAUGAGAAUGCUCACCGGGCACAGUCUGUCACAAAGGAUGGUGUACCAGUAUAUGGGAUUCACUAUCCCAAGUAUAAGAAGGGUGGUUACAUCGUCAGAAAAGUCAUACAGGAAGCAACCUAUGAAUAUGUUGGCGAUUUUGUGCAGAUCGUUAAGUCUAUUUGCCAGAGAGAUUACUAA